AUGUUCAUCGAUAAUCUUACACGGCCACAACGUCUCGAAGUUUCUGAAGCUUUACGGGUAUUUUUGACGGGCGUUUGCGACUCACUUACCGAUGCCGAUGAAAUUCAACGGAUGUCCGAGGAAUUCGGAUCGUCACAUGUACCGUUCCGAAGUUUCGGCUUCAAACCGGACUUCUUUGCCUGCACUGCUGACGCAGUGACCACUGAGUGCACUUUUCUCGAUCAAGCUACUCACACAGCAAGCGAAACUGCAGGGUCAUGGUUGGUUCCAUGCCUUCGAAAGUCUUAUUGA